AUGCUUGCCGUCAAGCAGUCUACUCCCUUCACGUACAAGUCGGAGGAACUCAAGAGCGGCGAAGAGAUUCCCAAGGCCAGCCCUACCCGCAAUACCAAGCAUCCGUUCCGUCAACUCCUGGUGGCACGGCCCAACACCCGUCCGCGACCUACCAGUUCCCCGCUUCUCCGACGAGAGGCCGGGGCCACACCGUUUCGACCAUGCCGCCAGGAGGAAGCCGAUCUCUUGGUCCGAUUCCUAACCUUCCCCAUCUUAAUACCAAUAUUCAGCAACAGCCCCCGCAUCAUCAGCCUUCAGGCCCGUCUCAUCCACAAACGCAAGCGCACUCUGAGGCCCAAGCUAGCCCGAUUUACUUUCAUCAUUGGCAGCCUCCUAAUACGCAGGGAGAGAGCAGUGGCGGUGGUCCCGCCCAGCCGCCUGCAGCAUCUGUAG